AGCUGUUGAUGAUAGUUGCGAAGUUCUAAAGGAUCUUCAACUGAAAGUGUCAAGUAUGGUGAUUACCGACACAUGUAACCAUAGUGAUGAAGUGAAACUGCGGUUUCCAGUAAAAUCAACCGAUGAACUUAAACUUCAAGAAGACGAUCUUUUAGAUCCUGAUCUACGCAAAAAAUGCAUUUCAUAUUUCAGCAAGAUGAAUACUAAGUCCCUUGGCGACUCAGUUCGAAAAAUAGCCAAGCAGAUUAUGACCGAUAACCUGGCAUUACAGUAUUCAUGGACUGGACGAAAAGAGGGCAAAUCUGCCUUAGCAGAUUACCCCAUGUUCAUCACUGUUUUACAAGAGGCAGUCAGAUUCUCUCAUAAAGUGACAAACGAAGAUAUUAAUGUUCCUUUCAAAUUGUGGCUGGUAAAAGCAAAAGAGCGGUUAACUAAACCAAGUGGUGAAAGCGAAGAUGAGGACCCGGCCUCAAAUGAAGAUAACAGCCAAUAUGAAAAUGAAGAAGAGAUCCGAGGUAGAAACGAAGGCGUGCAAGAAGAAAAAGUGGAAGAUGUGAACGUCCAUGGAAACGAGGAAAAUCUCGAUGAAAACGAGGAGAAUCUCGAUGGAAGUGAAGGGGAGAACCUGAAUGAAGAUGAGGGGGAGAACCUCUGUAGUGACGAGGACGAGACUUUUUAUGAAGGGUUCAGUCAGAACCUCUAUGAAGAGGACAGCCAGAACCUCUAUGAAGAGGCGGCCAGAACCUCUAUGAAGAGGACAGCCAGAACCUCUAUGAAGAGGACAGCCAGAACCUCUAUGAACAGGACAGCCAGAAUCUCGAUGAAUCUCUGAUAGAUUAAUUAUUUGCCUUUUUCUCAGGUCUUAUGGGAUAUUUUUUCAGAAUUAUUUAUUUUAUUUUUUUGUUCAAUAGUUUUAUGUAGAAGUCAUAACAAUUAAGUAACAAGUAACAACAAUAAUACCACCAACAUACAGAAGAUAAGGGUUUUUCUCUGUGGAUGGCAACGCAGCUCUCGAAUAUCUCGAGGCAGUUAAGCCGUGCUGUUUUGAUACGAAUUACGAAAGUGUUUUUAUAAGAAUCAGGCUAUGAAUCAUGGAAGAAUUUAACAAAAAACGCAAUAAAAGGGGAGCAUUGUUAACUGCAAUCUUCAAAUUAAAUUCUUCUCAAUGAAACAAGCCUCAAUGAGUAUAGUGAACGUUGUAUUAGUGGAAUUCUGAAUAAUUUACCCGAUUUGCUUUACAGUGGUAUUUUUUCGAACCAAUGGUACUAUUUUUUUAAGCAUUAGCUUUCCAUGGUUGAUGAAUUACGGCAAUGCCAUUCCUGUCGAAUGAGAAUCGUUUCCAUUCCGAGGUCGAUUUUAAUCGGUCAAAGUUGGUCUAGGCACUUUUUCUUAGGAGAAUACUGAUGUUGCCUUUUCACCUUUUUCAUCCUUUUGGCACAGUGCUUUAAAAAUUUCCUUUACCCUUUAAGUAGGUUUACUUUGCUCUUAUGUGGGUUGCAUUUUGCGGUCUCCCUCAAAUGGUUGGUCAAUGAAGAGUGAUUUUUUUGCAGUUGUGGGUAGCCCAAAACUGAGAGCAAUUUUGGAGAAUCAGAAUAAAUUCUUUUUGUCCUGUCACGAUUAAAUAAUUUGCAAACUAAAAUUAAAGAAUGUGUAGUAACGUAUUUAAUUUAAAUUUUUGAAACAAUUAACUUUGAAGCCAUUUCAAUAAUUCUAAAAUUAAAAUUUCAAAAGAAGUUUUUAUUUAUUUAUUUUUAUUUAAAAUAAUUUGGUACAUUCAAGCUAUUAACAUUAUCAUGGUACAUGUCAGAAGGUUCCAACCUUUUCACAAUAAUAAAAUAACUGUUUAAAAAUUCAUCCAUUCUAUUGCAGGCCCUGGCAAAUAACAGAUUUUUGGCACUGUUUACGAAGGUCCCACUUUCUAAAUAUCUUUUUUUGGUUUUGGCAGCGUAUUGUAGAAUAAAAACAAAAUAAAAAUGGAAAACCCUCCGGUAUAUCUUGAGAAAGCUAAAGACCUAU